AUGAAGAAAAAUGGGGUAACUGCGAGAGUUUCGCCUGCGUUUGUGAAAUGGAGUGACGAAACUGAAAAUAAUAUUAAUGCGGUGGAAAGUUGCAAGGGACGAAAGAAAUCUCACUCAGAGGAAGGAGAAAAUUCAGGAACUCGUACUUCCUUGAAAGCGAUAAACACAAGAACUCACGAUUGUGACAGAACUGUUUCUGAAUCGAAGAUCAGUACGUCAAAUGUUAAAGUUGCCUUUGCUAAAGACAGCAGCUCUUACAACAACGCACAGUCGAGUAAAAUGCGGCUUAUUUUCGCAUCAAUCGGUAAAUUGAUGUGUUUGCCUGCUUGUUUCAGAGUACAGUUUUCAUCUCACCAACUGGAAGAGAUUUACCAACGCUACUACUGCCGGCACAAACUGGACAGGAUUUUGUAUAUAAUUUUACUGGAUUUUGUGGUCAAUCUAUGUUUAAUCACAAUGUAUUCCGUGGUUUUUAGCAAAUCGAACCCGACACAAGUGAAUCGAAUCAUAAUGACAUCUACCUUCUGCGCGCUAAACCUCUCGUUUAUCAUCCUGUAUUUUUUGAAGCUUUUUCCCGCUCGAGUUUUUAAAUUCCUGCCUUAUAUUGUAUGGUUUACAGUGUUCUUCCAGCUGCAAGUGGACUUGGCUAUCGGUUACGAUCCUCUGGUGCCAAGUGAUUCCGUUGGGAUGUUCCUGUUUUUUAUGUUUAUCACUAACGUUAUGUUACCCGCCAGUUUGCCACUGUGUGCUGCCAUGUCGCUCCUAACUGCUGUUGGACAUAUAGUUAUCACUAGCAGUUUUGCUACACAGAAUAAAGAGUAUUUUGGAAGGCAGGUAAGUAAAUAUAAGUUUUCUAAUUCGGAGAGUUUUAAAAAUCGCGGUAGGCAAAGAAGAAAACUUAUUAGUUGUGGCAAAUUUAUACUUCUGAUGUCGAAACAACCUAACGGCCCACUUGAGAAGUGAAUGAUGAAAGUGAAUUUGCAGUCCCCUAUCAGGAACGCUUGCAAGGUUUCGCUAAUUACCCACUAUUAAGAUCUUCCGAGGUCUUAUUUCGUUGUUUUGACGUCGAAAAUUGGACCAUACCCGUGUAUUUAUACCACGCGCAAUGUCGCGUCUUUUAGCGCAGAUAUAUGUCAAAGCGUGAUUUAAAUUGCCGGUCUUCCGCGAGAGAUGCCACAAUACAGAAAACCUAGAACCAUCUGGUUUUCCUUUCAUGUUUAUAUCCUUGCCUUAGUAUUUAAAAAUAAAAAUCUUUCUUUACUUUCUUGCCGACCUAAGAGCGACAAUUUUCUUGGUGAGGUAGAGCAAAACAAUCUCAACUUCUGCUUAGUUUGGCCGGACACGCACACAAAAUUAGCUGCUAAAGUUGUUUCUCGAGAUCGUGUUCUCUCGAUAUUGAAGCGCCACUAUAUUUACAAUAGAAAAUCUUAAUAUUAUUACAGCAACAUCUCUUUAAGAGCAAAUAAGCGAAACGAGCCUCAUUAUAUGAUGCAAAACUUACUCGUUUCUUCGCAACGGUUUAGCAAGAGUGUUUUUUUUCCAAAUUUAACCUUUUUUUUAUCGCUCAGAGUUUUGUAGAGUUGCUACGGUGACCAGACUUAUUUACGACCAAAACGUUUGCGUUAAAAGCACAAAUUUCACAAAGUUAACUGACGAAAUUAUGGCUUAUUGAAAGAACUAAAUGCGAAAAAAAAUUCCUAGUUUUGCAGAUUUGCUGUAAAAGCUUCGGUUAUUUUAAACUUAACAUAAACUGUCUUUGAAUCUAUAACCCAAUACUUAAUUUAUUCGUGCGUUUGACGCUAGACCUGAAAAACUAAUUCUGUCAGUGCGAAAGAAAAUUUUCUGGUUGCGUAAUGUAUUCAUCAUUUUGGGUUUCUACUGUAUCUAGCCUAGCAACACAAAAUAAUUAAACCAAGUCUACUUUAAGCAUAAUACUGGAAACACCCCUAUCAAGACUAGCCAGUUAUUUAAGAGUUUAAUUUAUUUCUUGACGAAAACGUAGACGCGAGUUCUUUUUUACGUUGAAAAGCUUUAUAGCUAAUAGCUUUUGUGAAUUAAUAGAAAUAUCAUCCUGCAUAUGGCGCUGUAAUGAAAGUGAGAGGCAAUAGGUUUUGUUUACAAAGGUCUCUCGUACAUAAUGACUUUGAAACUUAUUACCUCGUCACAUGGCAGACAGAAUGCGUCACUAGCAGUGGAACGCCAAUAGCGGUCUUCAUGAAAAAUUUAUCACCGGCGAUGUAAUUUGAGUAAUGAAUUGUUUCGUCAAAGAUAGCUAAAACUCUAAAAGCUUCCUUUAAGACAAACCUGAAAUCGACCAACGCAACGAUGUCAAAUUCGGCUUUCAAUAGGCUUAUUGACCAUCUAAUAUCUCUUGGUAACAUCUGAAUUUCAUACAAUUUCGGUUUUAAUUACAAAUAAUUCGUCUUUUAGAUAUCAUUAUUUUCCAUUAAGAAAGAAAAGAAUAUAGCAAAAAUAUUAUGAUUCUUAUGGUCGCAGCUGUAAACAGUAAACCUAUUUUUGUGUGUAAAUUAACAAUAGCGGUUGCUACCAAGGUGAUAACGGCCGGAAUGUUUUUGUUUUUCCCCACGGGCUUGAAAUGUGAUAUGAUACAGACUGUUGCACGCAACUGAAAAUAAGAAUCAGAAAGUCGGCGCCGAAAUUCAAACGUAUCUGGAGUUUAUUUUUCUUUUAAAAAGAUCGCUUUUAUUUUGGCUGGAAAUAUGGCUAGCAGGCGCCAGGAUUUCUAGUUUGAAACCUUUGUAUUCACCUGAAAUGGAUUUCACGGGACAUCUGCGACUAGCCUUUUUUUUAAUUAUUUCUCGGUCACUUGAUCUGAACCGUUGGUCGACAUUUUGCUAACGAUGUUUCUGGAGGCAGAACAAAAUUUUAUUUUUCCAAGCGUUGCGAACCACUUUUUGUUGCACAAAAUGUUGAAACCCGUAGCUGACUUGGCUGAAAAACUGUACAUUUUAUCAAGGCCUGUCAAAAGCCUUUCCUCCUAGCUAUGUUUUAUUGACUUCCUAAUGACAGACGGGUGAUCGUUGACUGAAAUUUUCCCCAAUGUGUCUUGCAGUUGAAGAGUUUCUCAGGAAGUGAGAUCUGAACUCCUGCUGCUCGGCAAAUACAAGGGAUAAUAUUUUGAUAGGAAUAAAUGACUCUAUAGAUUAUACUUUUAUAUUGGAAACCAAAACGAACAAUAUUAGAACUCUUUUAACUACGGAAGUUGAUUGUAGAUACACAGAAAAAGUUGGCUUCGACAGCGUCAAGUAAUAACCUAAAAGUACCCGUUCUGAUAAAUAGGUAGGAAACAUAUUCAUGUGAACUAACGAAGCUGUCCAAAGUAGACAGAUUGCAAAGGAAGAGGCGGUGUUCUCUCAGUUUAAUUAAGCUUUUAAUGUGAUUUUCUUCAUUUUUGGCUGUAUUGACUGUAUUGUGUUUUACUGUUUGCUACCUAGAUUAGGAAGGUCGAUUUUCAACUGCACUUGCGACGUAAAACCGUAAAUAUAAAUAAUGGUUACCUCAAAUGAACAGUAAUUUCUUUGUCAGGUGUCUUUGGCAAUUCAUUCCGUCUGGCAAAGUUCAUCCGUGACAGGUUUUUCUCUUUGUUUAAAAGCUGUCAAGCUUUUGAAUAAAAAUAUUUUUAGAGGAAAAACUUGUCAUAUUUUACAAUUUUCACUGCCAAGGCAAGCUAGCCAAAACAAACUUGAUCAAAAAUCCUUUCCAUCGUGAAUUCACAGAUAAUUAGAAUUAUGGCGAUCUCAUCCAUAUCUUUUUUGCUCUAUCAACAGCUGGGGGCAAACAUUCUUCUGUUCGUCUGCAGCAAUAUUAUUGGUGCUAUAGAUUCUUAUAUCGCUGACAGAAGACAAAGAAGAUCUGUUCUGGAAACUAGGCAGUCAUUAGAGGUGAAAAUCGCCUUGGAAUCGGAAAAUCGACAACAGGUGGGUUAUUCCGGUAACCGCACGUCAAUCAUCGUUACCUAGUAACAAACCAGUAGUUGGGUAGAGUUGCAUCGUAAUAUUCUGUGUCGUGAUUAUGAGGGAUGGAAAAUUACCCUUCAAGUGAGGGAAGGCUCCCCCUACACCUACGGCUCAGCCAAUCAUAUACGAGAUGCAAACAGCUCUCAAACAUUUCCUUUCCCCUAUAAAAACCGCAAAACACUCUUUCUUCUUGAAUUAAAUUCUAAACGAAGACUUGUCGUACUGGACGUAGGGUUUGAAAACGGGGGAAUAUCACUUGGAUUUUUAUAUUUGGUGGUGCGUUUGGACUAAUCUAGAACAAGAAAUAAAUAUUUGUUUGAUUCCGAGCUUCAUUAUCUCGCUGUUUGGCACUCUUCAUUUUGUAGAGCACCUAACAGCGUGUUAAUGCAGUUUUUCCCUUUUUUUUCUUGUAGAGACGAUUACUUCACUCAGUCCUUCCCAAACACGUAGCCACAGAAAUGGUUAAUGACUUAGAAAAUGAUGGAACAUUUUUGAAAGACGGAGCUUUUAACAAACUGUUUAUCAGACGACAUCAGGAGUGCAGGUAAUUGUGAUUUUGAUCCCCUUUUAGAGAGGAAACCCCUAAAGGGUUAACUUUUCAAAGAGAACUGGUGAGAAAACUUUAAAACUCAGGGAAAUGUAAAACUUAGGUUCUCUAUGCUAAGAUGAAAUUUUAAACGAUUUCCUUUUCGUUUCAGCAUCCUGUUUGCUGACAUCGUUGGGUUCACGGAACUCUCCUCUAAGUGCACAGCGGAGGAGUUAAUUAUCACACUGAACGAGUUGUUUGCUAACUUUGACAAGAUUGGGACAGUAAGUUCCUAUUUAUUUGACCUAAUUAUCUAAUUAUAAACUCAAUCCUAGAAGUGAUUAACACGUAACUUCUCCCUAUAAUAUCUAUACAAAAUCCAGCAAACAGUUAAUGAGAAUACUCAAGCUUAUCAGGCGGAAGUUAAUAUCGCUGUUCCUGAUAUGUCGACAUUCACUCUGUCUUCCUUUUUAUGCAGAAAAACAGCUGUCAAAGAAUCAAAAUUCUGGGAGAUUGUUACUAUUGCAUCGCAGGCCUGGAUGACAACAAAGCGCAUGCGCAAUGUGCUGUUGAAAUGGGACGUGACAUGAUAAGCCACAUAGCGUGAGUAGCCAUCUAACGCCGUGUUUGUGAUAUAUAUUUUUGAACGAAUAGCAAUGAUGUAUUUUUUUCUGUUCCCACAGCAAGGUCAGGCGACAAACCGGCGUGAAAACUUUAGAUAUGCGCGUUGGAGUCCAUACAGGAUCUGUGCUCGCCGGAGUCCUUGGAAAGAUUAAGUGGCAAUUUGAUGCUUGGUCAAAUGACGUCACACUUGCUAACAGCAUGGAAUCCGGUGGAAUACCAGGGUUGGUAUAAUAAAAGUAUUAUUUUCCUGUGCGGUUGUUUGUGGGUACGCGCGUUUACUCGAGUCUGAUGAGGUAAUAAGUUAUCCACGUAAUUUUCGGUGAGGUUUGGAACUCGGUUGCAGGAACGUGUGCAACAAGGUCGAUUUGGCGAGAAACUAAACCCUAAUGUUACGGUUUCGAGUCCAGGCCACUGCGGUUGCAGUCAAUAGCUCUCGCCUUGUGUCAUCCCCACUUUUUUCAUCGUCCGUUGAUAGUAUUUCUUAUACCGCCUUGUUUCUUCAUGGCCAUUAUAAAUUUGUUCGGUGCUGAUCUCGAAAUGUGACAUGGAUCAGAGACCCAGAGGGGUUUUUCAAGUAAGCGGACCGUGAACAAAUAUUUUCAGUGACAACUACAAACAUAUCAGUCUGUUUUAUUUUCAUAAGCUAUCAUUUCCUCUUGCUAAAGAUGAAGGAGAUCUUGUGCUAUCCACGCCCUUAUCAGGUUGUUUUUCCCCUAAUCAUCGUUUUCUCUUACAGUCGUGUUCACAUAUCAGAGCCCACAUACAACUGCGUUAAACUGGAUUACGAUGUCGAGCCGGGUGAGGGUCACACUAGAAAUGAUUUCAUUAAAGAACAAGGAGUUAAAACGUUCCUGAUUGUGAGAAGAAAAAACGAAGACGGUGAUAAAACAGCUUCAUCCCCAAGCCAGGUGAGUCUUCUUCUUUAAGAGUAUUUUUAACUGAGUGUCGUUAGUAACGUGGGAUUACUUUUGUUUCGUUUUACUUCCUAAAAACCCGCACCAUUUUCAACUCAGAUUCAAAAUAAAACCAAUUACGACUUGGUCAACCGCGUUCUCCCGCGCUUCGGGUCUCAUUAGCUGCUCUUGACAUUUACUUUCUUCUGAUCGGUGGACGUGAUUACUUGGGUUUUUGUUUCACGUCACUUGAUAAAAAAGUGCUAUAAAAUUUAUUCAUCUGACAUAAAUGGAUGAUAUGGUAAGACAACUGGAAAGACGCGAAGAAAAACCUCAAUCCUAUGAACGCAAGUCUCUUGCAGCCCAUACUUAUUUCUAUUUGCUAUGUAAAGUGCUAAAAUUUUUUUGUUUGUUUGUUUACUUUGGCAGGAAAGCGUGGAUGCCAUGUGGCUGACUGAGCCUUCUUCAAAAGAAAAAAGACGAACGUCGUCACCGAUAGUGGAGCUUAUUACGGGAGAUAAACAACGUAUUAUUAACAGAGAAGAUAUGGAGUUUAGAAGGGUUUCUCUUUUUGAUGUAAGUGAAUGAUUUUCACUCUCAAUUUAUCGUUAAGACGCUCGCAGUUAUCUAAAUCACUGGUUUGGUUUCUCCUUAUCAGACUCAUGUAUCUCCUCUCUCUCGUUUAUAAACUUUAAAACCAGUCUUUAAAAAGUACUAUUUGAAUUGAUACAAGAAGAUCCUGUAAACGAACAGUCCUUAAGAAAGGACUAGGUAAAAUGAUUUCUCAUAGUUUACACAAAACUGUAUGUUUCCCACUCUUUACAUGUGCUGCCGGCUUUCCCGUUACUGGAGCAGGCUGCAUGUUACCUCACUCUUGGCACGGGCGGCAUGCUUUCCCGCUAUUGGCGCAGAUUGCAUAUUUUCACGCUCUUGGCACGUUCGUAACGUUUCUGUCCUGAAUACUGAUUGGUUAAUACUGGUUAUAUUUUCUAACUUUCUUCGUGAUUGGUCAGAUGUGAACUUCUUGUUUUUGAUGUAAAUGCUGGAUGUAAAAGAAUUUUUUCUUCAUUUUAGGAGGAAGAGUCGGAAAAGACAGACUCCUCGACUGCAACAUGGUUGGUAAUUUCUAAAAAUGUUUUCUGUUUUGCAAAAUCAGUAAAUCUUGAGAUUAUGCUGCAUUGGUGUUCCAAUGAUUAUGUUUAAAGAGAGUCUGGAAACACCAACAGUAAACUCUGUUUAUUUCUUAGAACUAUGGGUUCUGAAAUUUACUGCCGAAACAUCUUCGUUCUUCCUUAACACGUUCUUCAUUGUUGAUUAUUUCAGUGAAAAAAAUCUGAACAAACUGUUGUCAGACGUUCUUGAUGAGAGAGCAGGAGGGUAUGGAUUUUGAAAUACAUAAAUGCACACUUAAAAAAACGAGAUGAAUAAAGAAAUAGCUACCAUAGCUUUUCAUUAAUGGCUUUUAAUUUUAUUUUUGCAAUAUUCCACUGUAAGUAAUUAUCUCAUCUUUUAAUUUUCUUUAGCGUCAAGGAGAAAAUGAAUCCUUUUACUCUACGAUUUAUGGAAAGUGACUGUGAGUUCCAGGUAAAAACAAAAUUUUCACUAUUUAUUUGAAGAGCUCCAUGGUAGAAAAGCCUACGUGACUUUUGAUGCAAUAUGAACAUCUCCAUCUGUUUUACAUCGGGAGACGCGGUGGCGUAGUGUUACUGCGAUGGACUCCGGUUGGAGAGGUCUGGGCUCGAGACCUGGCCGGCUUAUUGUAUUACAUUCAUGGGCGAAACAUUUUACUUUCACGACCUCUCUCUCUCUCCACUCAGGAGUAUAACUGAAUACUGGCCUGAUGACUGGCUAAGGGAGGGAGGGGGGGGGGUAACUUUGCGAUGGACUAGCAUCAUACGCAGGGAGGAGUAGUUGCAAUACUCCCAGUCACUUCAAGCUAAGGAAGCUGGGAAAAGCUACGGUCAUAAGUCAUAAGACUGGUAUCAACAGGGGCCCUGACGACAAAACGGUUAUGCUUUAACAUCUGGGUAGUGCUGUUUCAUUUUGACAAUAUUUUCUUAUGCAUUGUUUCUACAGUAUGCCCUGGAAAAACAAGAAAUGAGUGGAGGGUCGCUGUUUUGCCUCUGCGUUAUCAUCGUCUUCUGUUUCUUUGUUGAACUUGCAAUUUUACCAAGGUAAGUAAGAGGCGGGGGGAGGGGUGGGGGGGUUAGUGGAGGUAUUGAAAGUGAAGAGUGGGGGCUGGAAAUGAAGAUAUUUUACUGACAUCUAUUUGUCACUAGCGGUCUCAAGAACGACAAUCUCAAGGAAGUUGGAGGUUUUCCUCCUCUACAGUAAACAGUCAUUUUUUCAUUGUUAUGGAAAAAGUGCCACACCGAACGCCAAUCAAUAACCGUUUUGUCUUUGUGUCGUCGUAGAGAUCUGGUAUGAAGGGACGGUUAAAUUAAUUCCACAACGCAUACGAAAGAAAAAUUAGGAUCAUUUAUUUCGAAGUAUCUCAUGGUAAUUUUGUCUCGCACAGAUCUUUACGAAACUAUUUGACGUUUUCCUUGGGAUUCCUGUUCCUGGCAAUUCCCACGGUCCUGACAGCUGCUGUCAGUUUUCCAAAGGUGAGAGACAGCUUUCUACUGCUGAUUUUUAUCAUUCAAUGUCUGGCAUAAGUUUUAGAUAUCAAAGGAAUAAAUGAAAUGAGUACAUAAUUUGGAUCACCGAUAGACGCAGUGGCGAAGUGGUUAGUGCGCUGGAUUCGUAGCCGGGUCAAUGUGUUCUUAGGCAAAGCAUUUUAUUUUCAAUGGCUACCGAUGAAUUGUCAGGUAAGCCUGAUGAAAUGUUGGAGGGUAACCUUGUGAUGAAAUUGCAUCCAGGGAGGAGUAGUGAUACUCCUAGCCGGAUAAGCUCUUGUUGGAUGGGUGACUGGUUCACCGCUGAAUUCUCUUUGGCUCAGUUGCAGAGUAAUGAACUGCGAAAUCAUACAUUGCCAGAGUUUGAAUCUCACGCAGUCCUUAGAUUUCUUCCGAGUCCAACACGUUCGCUAAAUGUUUACCUCCUAAGGAAACAAUUUUCUUCAAACACGGACCUACUACGUUAAAAAUUUAUCUAUAUAUGGAAUAUUUUUUUCAGUGUUUCCCCAAGUUCUUGGUGGAUAUUUCAAACGUCCUCGAUAGCAGUAAACCAGCUCGGACGCUUCUCGCUGCUUUAAGCGUAUCAUUAUUGGUUGGAACAGAAUUGAUUGACAUGGUAAGCUUCCCUCAAUUUCGUACCCAGGUCUAACCUUAUAUGAUUGACAUUGUCCGUGCGAGGUCUGGGUAGGAGAAAAACUAAAUUACAAGCCAUUCUGGAACGAUAACUGAAUAUAUGAACCCAUCAUCUCUAUGUCCCCGAAUUUAUUUUGUAACUUUGGUAUUUUUCAGGAAAGACAGCAAACAAAAUAUUAGCUGAGUCGUUAAAAUGUUUUCUAGACGCGUAACCUAUAUGCUACGUUGAAAACGAGAAGGACAUGCAAACUGAGCACAGCGGUUAAACGCCGGGCAUGCGCAAGGGAAUCAACUCUGGCUAACUGUGCACCGAUUUCCCGCGCCCUGUUUCAAAGGACUGUUUCGUUAUCACGCAAAACAUGCGAAAAAACUGAAGCGUGCUUAUAAAUUGUUUCAAGGAAAAAAAUAGGGUGAGAGAAAACCUUGAGGCUUUUCGAGUACAAAGCUAUGAGUAUUCUGUGAUUUUCCAUUUUACUUUGAGCUUUGUAAAAAAAAAAGGUUGUUUACUUUUAAAACACCGUGACUUACCGGCUUGUACGACAACCUGGUUCAAACAGCUUGAAAGCACGUUACCGUCAUUAUAACGUUAGCACUUGCGCACACGUUUGACCGCUGUGCAAAAGCACAGAACAGACAGGUAACUUAAUGUGAUUGUUUUUCACGCCCUCCUCAGCUUGGUUGUACAGCAACGAAACUGGACAAAACAGAUGUGGCGCUUAGAUAUAACAGAUCAGAGUAUCUUGAUCCUUUAAGUCCGUCCUGUGAAUACCCUCAGGUACGUAGUUGCACAAAGCUCAGUAACUGGAAAGUGAACUGUCUCUUGGUCCUAAUCUUUUAAAGGAAGCCUUGUCUCUUUCCGUUCUCUGCCCCUCGGAGGACUGGGACGAGGCGGAGGUGGCUGAAACUUCAGAUUCGACCAUAUCUGCCUCUUCUGCCACACUUCUCCGCCUUUGAGAAGUGAGAAGUGCAAGAGCUUUGGAAAUGCAAAUCUUAACGUGAAGUCAAGUAUUGUUUUUUUUUUUGCCUAUUGAAGAAAAUGAGAGAGAUUCGGGAAAUGUUGUGAACGGUUAUUACCUUCCAUACCAAGUUCACUUUGUGGAGUAAAAGAUUUUUUCAACUCAUACAUUUUGAAAUAAAGAUAUUAUCCUCUCGAGGUUUUGCUGACCUAGCCUUUCCGCACAUUUUUUUUCUGGUGACUAGAAAAGGCGAUCAUUUCUAAAAGCGAGUCACUUCAAAACCGGAUUAGAUGGAAAAAUUCAAACACCCCCUCGCGUCACUCUCGCUGAUUUUUAGGUUAUUUGUUAUUUUCUCCUCCAAUAAAUGUUGUUUAACUUUAUGUUUCGUUUAAUUUUGUUUGUUUCUAGUAUUUCUACUACAAUGGUAUCCUGAUCCUAGUAGGAAUCUCUGUGCUAGUCCAACUCAGUCAUUCACUAAAGGUUUUAUUAACACUGGGUGUGUUACUCACUUAUUGCACCAUCAACAUAUUUGUUCAACAAGACAUUUACGACAACUACGACGCUUAUGUGCACUAUAGCCAUGAGUAAGUUUCUAAAUUGAUUGUUAGUGUACACAGCAAGUUAAAAGGAUAUGAUGUUGGAUGGAUACAGGUUAGGGCGAGGGACAGGGGGAUAGGAGAUAAGACAAAGGGGGGCAGGUGAUCAGGGUUUGCUGAUUGAAAUAGGGAUGGGGACGAUGGAUAGGACAUAGAGUAUAUGGAUAUAGAGAGAAUGGAUUAGGAGAGAGGAGGUAUUUGGUUUUAUGGAGCGUAAAGGCAGAAACAGCGAAGGAUAGGCUUGAGGUGAGGAACAUCGUGCUGGAUGGAUUUAGUCAAAAAAGAUAGGGGAUAUAGAACAGGGGACGGGGGAUAGAGGAUAGAGGAUAGGGGACAGGGAACGGGGGACCGGGGAUAGGUGACAAGGGGUAGGGGAAGGAAAUAGGCGACUGGGAAUAUGCCUGUCCCGAUUGUCCCAACUUUUGAGCAACUGAGUAAGAAAAGGAAUAGGGAAUAGGGGAAAAGGGAUGGGGAAAGGCUGGAUAGGGAGUAGGGGAUAAGGAAUAAGGGAAAAGGGAUAGGGGAUAGGAAAUAGGGGAUAAGGGAUAGGGGAUAGGGGAAAAGGGAUCGAAGAAAGGAGGAUAGGGAAUAGGAGAAAAGGGAUAGGGGAAAGGGUGGAUAGGGAAUAGGGGUUAAAGGAAUAAGGGAAAAGGGAUAGGGGAUAGGAAAUAGGGGAUAGGGGAAAAGGGAUCGAAGAAAGGAGGAUAGGGAAUAGGAGAAAAGGGAUAGGGGAAAGGGUAGAUAGGGAAUGGGGAUAAGGGAUAGGGGAAAAGGGAUCGAAGAAAGGAGGAUAGGGAAUGGGAGAAAAGGGAUGGGGGAAAGGGUGGAUAGGUAAUAGGGGUUAAGGGGAAAAGGGAUAGGGGAUAGGAAAUAGGGGAUAAGGGAUAGGGGAAAAGGGAUCGAGGAAAGGAGGAUAGGGAAUAGGAGAAAAGGGAUAGGGGAAAGGGUGGAUAGGGAAUAGGGGAUAAGGAAUAAGGGAACAGGGAUAGGGAGUAGGGGAUAGGAAAUAGGGGAAAGGGAUCGAGGAAAAGGGGAUAGGGGAAAGGAUGGAUAGGGGAUAAGGGAAAAGGGACAGGGGAUAGGGGAUAGGGAAUAGGGGAUAGGAAAUAGGGGAAAAGGGAUAGGGGAAAAUGGAUCGAGGAAAGGAGGAUAGGGAAUAGGGGAAAGGGUGGAUAGGGGAAAGGGGGAUAAGGGAUAGCGAAUGGGAAUAGAAGAAAGUUUACAACGGAUAGAGAACGAUGGAUGGGGGCAGGGAAUAGGGUUGCAAUGGGGGAUGGGUGACGAGUGAUAGGGAAUUAGGGAAAAGAGAUGAGGGAAUAGGCACGGAGGGGGGGAGGGGUUAGAUUGAAGAAAGCAAAAAUGAAAAAGAAUUGUACGUCUUUCUCGCCGACCCAUUCAUUUCCUUUACAUUAUCUCAUUUUUCGUCCCUGUCUGUACAUGUACAGUUCCCUCUCUUUCUUAACUCUUUUGAUUCGUUUUUAUUCUCUGAUCUUUCUUGAUAGAAACACAUCGUUUGUUCCAAAGAAGUAUUUUUCGUCUGUCAUCAUGGGGCUCUGUUUUUGCAUCCUUGUCCUUCAUGGCCGACAAGUAAGAGAUAUAUUGAGUAAAACACCCCAUGUGUUCACUUUUUUCAAUGAUUGAGUAGGCAGUAGAAGUGUAUGUGGUGUUCAUUAAGACACGUGCGCGCAUAUGUUGCACACGCCUGGCUAAUGUCUACAAAUGUCUCUUUCAGGCUGAGCGAACUGCACGUCUGUUGUUCUUGUGGAAAAUGGAGGUAUGCUUGAAUAUUUGAUUCCAUAAUGACAACCUCUUUGUGCCACGAGUCAUUUUGCGUUUAUAUACGAAAGGAAAACUUUUUAAAUGAAAGACGAGGAUAUUCAAUAAAUGACACGGGCAUACUCGAGAAAAAAAGAACUCCGACUGCUCGAACGAACGACCUUCCGAUUAUUUCUUUAGACUCCUUUAGAGCGCGCUUCGGGAAACUCUUUUUUGAGGUGCAAGAUGUAAUUUUUUUUUGCAGGCUUUUGAAAAGAAAACAGAAUUAGAAAAAAUCAGGGAAAGAAAUCAAAAGUUAGUGAACAACAUUUUACCUGAACACGUGGCGGAUUAUUUUCUACAACAUCAGAAUAAAGACGAAACGGUAGGUUGGAUGCUGCGUCAUUUUCAUAUUUGUGAGUAUUAUGGUUUAUCUCUCAAACCCAAUCAUGGUGUAGGCUUCACGUGAUUGGCUAAGAAAACGCGGGAAACUCUACCACUCGCGCCAAGUCUUCUAGUGCUUGUCUUUCAUUGGUCGAAGACUCAAGGUGGUAUUUGUGUGAAAACAGAACUUUACUUUGUUCGGUUUAUGGACAAAUUCUACAUGAUCUGUUGACAAAAUCCCAAAAGUCUCGGCUUUUCUCAAAACUCUCAUGAACUGAAAUGAGAUUGCGCCCUUAACUCGAAACAUUUUAAUAGUAACGAACGAAAGUCAAGUUGAAAUCAUAGCGUUGCAUGACACAUUUCUUUUGUUUUGCGUGACAGGACCUGUACAGCCAGUCAUACAAGUACGUGACGGUCAUGUUUGCUUCAAUUCCAAACUUUGACGAGUUUUACUCUGAAGAUCAAAUCAACGAUGGCGGAAAGGAAUGCAUUAGGUUCUUGAACGAGAUCAUAAACGAUUUUGACGAGGUAUAGUGAAACUAAUAGUAACACAAGAAAUUCACAACCUUUGCACUGACAUUCACUUAGCUCUUUAACUCCCAGGAGUGACCAAGACAGAAUUUCUCCUUACAAUAUCAAUACAAUAUCAAUCAGACAAGUGAUGAGAAUGAAGAAAAAUGACAAUUUAAGGACUAUAAGUUGAUCCAACACCAAAUUCUCCAAAAUAACAUCUUAAGAAAUAUAUAACAGACAGUAAAGAGAAUUACUCAUGAGAUCAUGGGAGUGAAGGGGUUAAUAUGGUUCCUAGAGACAAGGCAGCUGCCUCCCCCUCCCCCACGUGGGGUAUCCUUCGUAAAACCUGAGCACUUGCAAACAAACUUGCAAGGGCUUGAAUUGGUUAUUGGUAUGUUAAAAUCUUUGAGCGCUUUUCAAUUGAGUGUCGUAAAAGCAAAAACAAAGUAAUUAAAACGGCAAUAACCAAUGAGAAUUCAAAAUAAUUUAAAAAAAACAACAAUCUGCCUAAAGCGCGGGAAAAUGCAGGCACCAAGUCGUGAUUGGUUCUAGUUUUGCAUCUGAUUGGUAGAGGGAGAGAGGUGUAAGUUUUCUGGACCAAUCACAGAGCAAAAUAAAACAAAACCAAUGCAAUCCCGACUUACUUUCUGCCCUCAAUUGAAAAUUACUCCAUCAAAAUUUUAAUGGAAGUUUAUUGAAUUUGAAGAUAUAUUAUUUAAUUUUCAUUUGUUUUCCAGGUUCUGGCAGAGGCUAGAUUUCGAAGUAUUGAGAAAAUCAAAACGAUCAAGAGCACUUAUAUGGCGGCUGCAGGGCUCAAACCAGAAUGUGAGGUAAAAAGAUAAAGAACAAGGACCAAAAUACCACAACUCAACUCCUCAACUUGUAAAGGAGGAUUUUUGUUGUGUCAGAAUAAAAUUCAUUUGAUCCCCCAAAGGCUCUGGAGUAUUCUAAUGACCACCCCACCCCACCUCCCCUGAUUGGCAGUCAAUCUACUAUAAUUCCCUCUUGAUACUCUGCGAGCAACGACUGAUCCCCCCUCCCUCUCCUUCCUCCUUUGAAAACCAUGUGAUCCUCUAAAACUCUUUAGGCUUCCUCCCGCCCGCCAGGCUCGUCCCUAAGAGGAAUUGAAAACAUGACGAAACUUAGAAGCUAAGCCUAUCACUAAUUUGUCAAGAUAUGAUGACAAAACAAGAUUAUUCGCGGAAAAUCUUCGGUCUAAUUUUUGGUACCAAUAGCAAUAGAACGAAAAAGUUGAUACUGUCGUUCACAUCCGAGUACUAAUUAUUUUUUGUUUCGAUGUUCAGUCUCAACACAGUGAGAACUGGGAACAAGUUGUGACGGUUGUGGACUUUGCACUUGCCUUAAGAGACAAACUGGAUUCUAUCAAUGCAGAAUGCUUCAAUCAAUUUGUCCUAAGAGUGGGUGAGUUAUCGCAUUUAGUUUCCCUCUGUAAGUUUAUAGAAAGUAAAUAAGUCGAGAGUGGCCCUACUUGGACAAACGAAGAGAAAGUGAAAGUCCGUUUCCAAAACCUUCGGUAUUUCCAAUUAACAAUUUUCCUUUCUUUUUUUUAAGGAAUCUGUCAAGGUCCUGUUGUAGCCGGAGUAAUUGGCGCCAAAAAGCCGCACUACGACAUUUGGGGCAACACGGUAAAUGUUGCAAGCAGGAUGGAAAGUACAGGAAAAGCUGGCUAUAUGCAGGUUCGUAUUGUUUCUUAGUUGAGAGGUGCAAAAGGUAAAUGGAACAUGGAAAAUUUUUCAUAGCACUACUUAGAAAUUUCAACACCGAUGCUAAGAAUGUGUAGUACUGUCUUGCUAGCUAUUGGGCCGAGAAAUUUUAAGGGAAAAGCUUGUUGAAGAAAAAAUUUUGCCAAAGAAGAUGAUUUGAUGAAGACCGUUACCCAAAAAAUAUUAAAACGAGAGUUCAACAGCUUCCUCAGGAAGCUUUCCUUUCAAAUGUCGUUUGCAAGUGUUUAUUUUUCUGCAAAUGUAUAUACCGAAACUUUUUUUCAUAACCAAUAAAUUGCGCAGUCUGCGAGGAGGCUCUCAAAAGCACUGCGGCAUUAAGCUUCUUGAACUUCGCAUCGCUGGCCGCCUGGAAACGUGCGAACUUCGCACGCGUGUCGAAGCCUGCUUGCGACACUCGCGUGGCAGCUUCAAUGAUUUAGAGGAACUUGCUAUUGUUUUUGCAGGUUACAGAGCAGACGUAUGAGAUUCUGAAAGACAGGGGCUUUAAGUUCAUCUACCGCGGACCUGUAAAAGUCAAAGGAAAAGGACAGUUGGUUACGUAUUAUCUCACUGGACGAGAUGCAAAGAAAAAAACAGUGCACCUCAACUUGCCAAAUAUGGUGGCAAUUUAACGUGCCUUUUGAGGUCACGUGCUAAGUGUCGCGUCAUAUACGCCUGAAAAGGACUGUGAAUAGUCCUGGGAAAUUUUGGCGCCAAGUUAAACCCAUUGGGUUGUGACAUUCGAUCGCUAGGCUGUAGUUUGGAUUUAUUUGCCAAAAGAGAUCUCUGGAGAGGGUAAAACAACUCUGAGUGCUGGGCAUGGGGAGGGCUGACACCUUAUCCCUCCGUAGAGAGUAUCUUUUACUCUCCCCAGACUUCUCGCGCCAAACAUUCGAAGCUGAUGCCUAAAUGGUCGACAGUAAAAAUGAAUGCUUUUGAUUAAAGAACUGACUGUUGUUAAUUCAUACCUUGCAUACUCUAGAAAUACUAUAAAGAGUUGAUUCGAAGCUCACAGAGUCAGACAUAGCCGACGGAUUUAUUAGCGAAUACUAUUUUGAAAAAAGAAGGGUUUUUAUAUCCUAUCAAUAACGAAUUUAGAUUUGUAUCAUACGUAUGUAAAAAACUAAUAUUUGCCGUGACAUGAAAUGUACGAGUAGCCGCUGACUGGAAUCAGCGGGCGCUACUUUGUGAAAGUUUUAAAAACUUUUCGGAUUUAAGAUUUGUAAUCUUCCCUAUCCGUCAGAGAGCAGAAAAUAGCGAAGCCAUACUCGUGAUUCACACCGUAAACUCUGAUGUCUGUUCAUUUUUAAGAGAAUGAGUAUCACUCCAGAUACAUUUUAGGAACGAAAUCUGAAAUGUAAAUUUUAGAGAUAUAACGAGUGUAAAUAGAGUAGGUGGAGUGAAAAUCUUUGAUCGUGAAUUCUUUGGGUCUCGAUUGUAUUAAUCGGGGAAGUGGGUGGGUGUGAUGGUUUAUAUUAUAAAUCCUUUCUGUAUUUGUCUUUUUGUCACAAAAUUUGGAU